AUGAAUGAUGAAGAGAACGUGGACAGCACAGAGGGGCCUAUCAAUGGCUGCUGCCAGCACUGUAUAGCCCUCAGGAAAGCUUAUACGCAGUCUGGAGCUCUGUUUGUCAGGACAUUAGCUAAUUUUGCUAGUAUAUCAGCUGGAGUGGGCACUAAAUUUGCUGAGCUGCGACCUAUUCCCUCCGACCGAGCUUGUUGUGAGGUCACCAAGGGGUCUAAAGUAUUCAUCACUAAUGCAGAUAAGAAUGCUAUUAAGUCAGAGUAUCGAGGAGACCCUGCAAAGAUGACACGGGCCACAUUAGUUUCCUUAUAUGGUCGGGAUCUUCUCGAGAGGCAAGCAGUAACAGCCAGGGGUUCGAAGCAAGGGACAUUAGGAAUUCCAAAGAGAAUUCGAGAUGCUGUGCGAGCAUUUGUGAAUCGCAACAAAGGUGAAGCUUAUCCAGUCCUGAAUGAAGCCAAUUUCAACAGGAUUAUCAAUAAGCAGAGGUCAGCGAUACACAGGGUGAGGGGUUCAAAGCGCACUCCUGCGAAGGAGCAGCUUCUGAACUCAAGCCCACUCAGGCUUCAGCUUGAAUCUGCUCAGCUACCAGCCUCCCCUCUGGCUUCCUCCAAUUUGGUCAACAUCAACCAGCCCCAGGUCAGCAACUCGCCUCUGGCUCCCUCCAGUUUGGUGAACACCAACAGCAACUCAUAUUCCCCGCAUCAGAGCAGUCCAUCUGGAUCAGAUUGGCAUCAUGGUGCCCAACAUUAUCCAGGUUAUAACCAGAAUUAUCCUGGUUACUACCCCCCUCACCAAGGUCUAUCUCCUCAACCUGCUGAACCUAGUUGGUUCAACCAGAACUCUGAUAUUCCUUGCCUUACUGCUCUCUAAUUAACUGUACCUAAAAAAUCCCCUUUAAUUAAUCUGUACAUAAUUACAUAGUUUCAUCAUUUUGUAUCUGAUGUUUUAUCUGACUGAUGUUUUAUCUGACUGAUGUUUUAUCUGACUUUUGAAUUGAAUAAACACGUGAAUUCUCAUCUCA